GGGUCGGGACAACUCUCGUUAUCCUAUCUCGUAGAGGCUUGGGGAUGAUGUGAUAGAGAGCAGCCCUACGGAAAAGGACUUGGGGGUCCUGGUGGAUGAAAAGCUGGACAUGAGCCGACAAUGCGUGCUUGCAGCCCAGAAGGCCAAGCACAUCCUGGGCUGCAUCAAAAGAAGCGUGGGCAGCAGAUCCAGAGAGUGAUUCUCCUGCUCUGCUCUGGGUCCGUGUACGAGAUUUCGGGCAACGAAUGCUGUUUGUCAACGGGCGACCUGCUGAAAGUCAUGGCCGUGGCACUGCAGAAGGUCAUUUGUGAGGACACGGUGACAGGGCGGACAAAAGAGCUGCCGCCAACGUUUAAGGGUUUUUUCCAGCCUGCCCCAGCCCCAGGGUCGAACCCGACACUGCGGACACCGUUCCUGGGUGGCGGGCAGUGGGGCCUGACGCUGCACCAGGCGCUGGGGCGGUGCAACGGGCAGCCGCAGCCCCUGCUGUGCCCUGCCAUCGGCCCCCACACCCUGCUCCUGCACCCCGUCUACGAGGUGCAGGCCGCCAUGCACCUGCGUCGGGACGUGGUGAAGAUCCCCUCCACGCUGGAGGUGGACGUGGAGGACGUCACGGAGGAGGCGCAGCACGUCCACUUCGCCCGGCCGCUGCUGCUGAGCGAGGUGCUGAGGAUGGAGGAGGCGCUGCCGGCCCAGGCUGAGAUCCUGGAGGGUCCGGGCGGCCCCGCCAUCUUUGAGAGCGCCUGGGUUUCGCGGCUGCAGCGGGGGCAGCGGCUGCAUCUCCACGGCCGUUCUCCUGCCUGGCGGGUCCUGGCCUCGGCCCCCAGCAGUGGCCGCCAUUUCCUCCUCUCCAGUGCCUACCAGGGCCGGUUCCGCCGGCGGCCCCGGCAGUUCACAGGGGUGCAAGAGCUGGCGGCCGGCCUGCGUCCCGGCCAGCGGCUGCACGUGGUGGUGACGCAGGACUGCGAGGGCCGGGGGGAUGAUGUGCCUCCGCUCGGCGUGGGCGACCGGCUGGAGGCCCAGAGGCUGCAGGGGAGUGGCCCUGGCACCCGGCUGCUCUGCCACCGCCACGGCGGGGAGGAGGAGGAUGGCGAAGAGCUGCUGCUGCCGCUGGACCUGGGGGGUGGCUUCGUGGAGGAGAUGUGUGACGGCAAGAAGUACGGGCUGGCGGAGCUGCUGGAUCAGCAGCCGCUGCCCUGCGAGGUCCGGGUGGUGGCCGCCGACCCGGGUCUGGAGCGGGACGCGCUGGGCGCCCUGCCCGCCCUGCGGCUGGAGGCCCGCCUGGACCAGCCCUUCCUGGUCGGCAGCUUCUGCCAGGAGCCGGAGGAGGGCUUCGAGAUCCCGCCGCGGUGGCUGGACUUCUCCCUCCUGCUGAGCGAGGGGUCCGUCCGCUCCCCGGCCCCCUGCACCCUCCGAUGUCGGGUGGAGGAGCUGACUGAGGCCUUCUACUACCGGCUGCUGGCCCAGCUGCCCGGCAGCGCAGCCCCGCCACCCCCACGGCCCCCCAAGCGGACACAGCAGGGGAUGAGCCCUGGGAGAUGUCACCCUACAGCCCCCAGAUCCCUGACGGCAGGCGCCUGCCUGGCUCCUCCACUGCCACCGCUCCCAGCCCUGCCCCAGCCGAGCACCUCCAAACAGUAUGGCCGGCGGAGAGCCCCCAGGGAUGCAGGCACAGACAGCGACAACGGUGAACACGAUUACGAAACUGUGGAUGAUGACAUUCAAAAGACAAUUCGCAAAAUGCAGGCAGUUUUUCCCUUCUAGUCCUCUGGUUUCUGGAAGCCACCCAGCCUCCAACUACUCUGAGACCUCACGUGACAUCGGUUCCUUGCAGAGGCUAAAUACAGCCCAAGGGAUCCACAGCACAACCUCCAACUGCACAACUCCUGCAGAAAGGUGCCCACUUUCCUCGAAGGCAAGCCGCCCACACCCCCUCGGGACAGCCCCAGGCACAGAAUAAAGCCCCCUGUUGAGCUGUGGGCUGCGUCCUCAGCUGUCACCUGUGGGACUCUGACAGCACCGGACCAGCACACAGCUGGGCGGCCACCGAGAUGCCACUGAGAUGCCAGGUCCUGAGCUACAGAUCUCUGCUCCACUGCAUUACCACGGUGGCUGGGCUGGGAUUACGGACGCUUCCAGAUGGAGAUGCUUUGGGGCCAGUGCAUCCAGACAGUGUUUGGCACGUGGGGUGGGAUGGGGUCAGGAGGAGACACGACAAGGUACUUCACACAGUGCAAGCGAUGCCCCAGCUGGGGCUCAAACGGCUGAGUGACACACCUGAGCACAUCAGAAGCCCACCUUCAUAAGGCAUUUUUCUCAAGUACAGCCAAACUCGCCUCCCACUCUGGCCUAAUUUCUCACCAAGGCUGCAGAAACUGUGUAAAAAUAUUGUGGCUUUAGAUUUUGCUGGCUUUCUCAUCCAUUUUUAAAUGCACUUGCAACUGGAAGUAAUGUUUGUCCUAGGCCCCCACGACCCCCUCUUGCUUGUGAGCGUGCUUGUCGCACUCCUGCAGAUUCUUAGCACCUACGAAGGUCCCUGCUGCACUCAUUGCACUGGAUGCAAAAAAAAGACCUGGAAACCAAAUAAGGUCCAAAGUUCAGGUCUUAAUUUCCUGGAAGUUUGGCAAAGCCCCGGGAAAGCAGCCGAGACAAAGACCUCAUAGUCCUGAUGCGCAUUAAGGGAAAAGAGCUGACGAGGGGAGAGCUUUUCACUCCUGCAUCACGCAACUGCACUCCUUUCAC